AUGCUGUGUACCAGGCUGCAAUCCACGAAUUCUUUGGUGCUCUCCCCCGUGCCUGGCGUCAGUAUCCCCUCCUCUGUGGCAUUGAUGCUAAUGAAACUCCGAAUUGGAUCAUCGAUGACAGUGGUGUCGUUGCUCCGGGACAGUGCUCCUCAAAUCUCAACGUUCUUCUCCAUGAAGCACUGCAGCUGGGAUGCAAACCUUGUGCUCCUAAGUGGCCUCAUCGUUUUGCGCCUACUCAUUUCCCUCGAGACGCUGAACGCACGGGCAGACAGAUUGAUCUCCUUCUUUGCAGGCAGAUUGGACUCAGUGAUCUUGCGAUUGAUGCUGAAAGAAGGCACUGCCAGCUGCUAUCGUGAUGAUGAUGAGAUUAAACAGGUCAUCGUUGAAGCUCGGUCCUCCAAUCAACCUGCCGACUGGAAAAAGGUCCACAGGAUGAGGGCAAAGGCACAGAAAGACUGGAAACGACUUCGCCUACAACGUGUCCUCGCGGGAGACUGGGGUGAUUUUCGCCAACUUCAGGCUGACAAAAAGCGCCGGAGAGGAUGGUGGGGCGACAUGCUGGAACAUAAAUCAGCUGCUGCUCUUUCGGGAGAAGUUCAAAGCCACCUUCGCAACAAGAUGAUUGAUCCUGAUCGUGAUGGCUGGGAUGAAGAGCUGUCGACCCUCAUCCAGAAGAUUACAACCGGGGAGUCUUUUGUGCCCUUUGAGAUCAUCGAUGUCAGGACUGAACUUCAAGGGAUGAGAUGCAAAAGUGCAGUCGGUCCUGACUACAUUGGGGUACAUCUCCUUAGAGUGAUCGCGAGUCACGAUCAGUUGAGUUCUCAGCUCCUCGACCUUAUCAACCACAUUGUGAGCACCCAGCAGAUCCCUGGCAUCUGGGAGAAAAGCUUCCUUGCCCUGCUUGCGAAGGUCGAUGUUCCAACAAAGCCGGGUGAUUUACGUCCCAUAGCCGUUAGCUCCGCUUUCAACAAGCUUGUCAAUCGCCUGGUUUGUUCUCGAGCUCUUCCUCUGAUGCGCCGUGGCUCCCGCAUUUCUGCCUGUGGUCGGGGGAGACAAGCCGCUGAUCUCAUAGGGGCGACCUCUCGUGUUCGGGAUGUCAUCAAGGAAUGGAAGUUACCCGCUGUGAUGUGCAAACUGGACGUCUCAGGUGCAUUUGAUCGAAUUGACCGCCGCAGAGUAGCAUCGCUCCUGACACAGCGACUGGGUGAUCAAGAUGUUGGAUGUGAACUCAAAUAUCUUCUUUCGCAACUUCGGUGUCACACGUUGGAGGGGAGAGUCCCAGGGGGUGAUAUUAUCUCGAUCCGCCCUAAUACUGGGAUUAAACAAGGUGCGCCUGAGAGUGCGGAGGUGUUUGGGUUAGUCGUUGAUGCACUCCUCUCUGAAGUGACGGAGAGUCCCCGAUGGAGUGCCCUUGGCGAAAGUCAACCCGGACUGGACAUUGAGACGAUGUUCUACCAAGAUGAUAUCUUCGUCCUUGACCAUGAUCUUUGCACCUUGGGGAGACGUGUCAGAAUCAUUGAUCGGUGCCUUCAGAGAGCUGGUCUCAAGCUUGCCACGAAUAAGACGAAGAUUAUCGCGAGUCCAGCCUAUAAGGGGAGCCGACACAUCAAGAUUGGCGAGGAUGAGUUUGCUGUUGCCGCCACGACUGAGUCCAUCAAGGUGCUAGGGGUUGACUUCUCGUUCUUCGCGUCACCCUCGCAACAAGCUCAAGAAUUGCUCAGUCGAACUCGUGCUGCAGCAGCCUCACACAAGGACAUCCUGACAGCCAAAGGACCCUGGAGUAAGAAGAUCUAUAUGAUGAAGGUGUUUGUCGAAAGUCAGUUCUCUUGGACAGGCGGGGCAGUCCAUUGGUCGCAGGAAGUUUGCAACAUAGCCUGCACGGUCAUUGGGCCAGACAUAGAGAACAUCUCCCUGAUGGAACGGCCGCUGACUCUCUGCCUCUUCGUGCUCUCAAGUGGAGAUCGACUGCCUGGUGGCGUGAGCAACAAAAUCUUUCAGCAAGUGUUGGCCUCCGACAUCCUGGUAGAUUUUAUGCAUCAUGUCCUGAACGUCAGCUUAGUGAUUGCUUGGGAAAUGACUGGCACAUCACUGCCCUUAAUCGUCACCAUUGGUCUGCUGCACGUGAACACUACAUUCUGUCUUGGGAUAUUCGUUGGAGUUCUGGGAGACAGCUUGCUCUUCGUGACCUGGAAACCCUCAACGCCCUCGCCCUCCCUGUUCGAGUCCAUCAUGGCUGUGCUGUGGUGGCUGCUUCGCGCGGCGGCUGUGGCUCUUUGUCUUGCUGGUCCUCCUCCUGAAAGUCGUUCUGCUCAGGAUGAUGGAUGGGAAGACCACUGGCAACAACAGACUGGGGAGAAUUCUUGGCCAUCCUGGAGCACUUCAGACUUUGGUGGUUGCUCUUCUUCGGCUUCCUCCUCGUGUGCUCCGCCGAGCUCGUCCUCGAACAACCUUGCGAUCACGCACGCGCAGCACGUCGCCUACAUGAGUGUGGCCUGGGAUGAAAAUAUCUCUCUUGGAGUCCAGCUGGAAGAAAAUGAGGGCGACCAACAGGAAGGUGGACCAGGGGGUGACUUGGUGGAGUCUUCUCCUGCCUGUCCUGCACCCCAUGAACUACCUGUACCUUUUGCUCAGUCGAAUGUGCUGGUCAGCCAAGAUGACUGGUUGGCAAAGGUGAUGGACACACGAGUUCUUCGACGUCACGGUGAUGAAGGACGACGUGCACUUGGUUGUGUUCCGGCUGGCACUGGGGCGACGUCCUCCUCCUCCUCUUUGUGCACAGGGGUGUUCUUCUUCAUCGGCGUCAUCCUCCUCGACUUGUUCACCUUCGCUGAGGAUGCAGAUGGUGUGGUGACCAGGUGGGGCAUCAAACGACCAGGAAGAGAUCGUUGGCACAACCUGGAUGGGAGCCUCAUUCACCGUACUCGACUAGAGGACCCAGCCCCCUUCACCGUCACAGGUUUGGCCACUGUGGAUAAUGAGCCCGUGCUUCGUGCUGUCACCUUCUAUGGCAAGGAGUUUCUCGUCAAGUGCAACAGCAAUGAUGAGGCAGGAGAGUCCACAACUGCUGGAGAAGAAAGUGAAGACCCGGCUGCUGGCACGCUCGCCCUCGCACUGAAGCUGAACAACGUGCACACCAAGGAGGCUCCGGACCCCGUCGCACUCUUCGUAGACGCGACGUCAUCCCUCUCCUCCUCCGCCCCACUUCUGGACACGAGUCGAGAUGCAGACUGUGAAUCAACAGACAAUGUGAACAACCUUGUGGUGGGAAUGGGGCGACACUUCCUCCUGGAUGGCUCCUUCUGUGACGCCACCUACCACUACUUGGGACGAACAAGAUGGGACUUGGUGGGAAUGGGGAGACAGUGCAUCGUGGACUCCCUCAUGGCAUCACCCUACUUCGUCUUCUUCAUGGAGUUCCUCUUCAUCCUCGUGGUGGACUUCGUGGCCUCAUCAGUGGGUUGUGAGCGAGUGGCCAUGGCCAGGGGAGUCCUCGUCCUCUACCUCAACGACGACCUCAUCGAUGACGAGGUGAACAUGAUGCAGCUGACAAACUCCGAGAGGGCCCUAUUGCAAGAAAGUGGGGUGCCUGCGGGGGCGAUCGCCCGCAUGGAGACGAUGUUGGAAACCAUGGAUCGUCAGCAACAAGAAGGACGUGGAGCCGAAGGACGUUGGGCCCUGGGAUGUUUUCUUGACAGAGCCACGGAUGGUUUGGAGGCUAUGGAGAGGGCCAUGGGUAUUCUUCAGCGCCGACUUCUUCCACGUGGCUAUCUUCCUCUCCGACGCGUGCCACGUCAAGAGAUGAUGAGGUGGAAUCUCUUCCAGUGGGCGAGAAACCAGCGAGUCAUUCUUGAAGAGACGCUUGGUCGACACCUAGAUGUAGGCCUCAUGCCCGCGGAUAAUGCAGUGGGACCUGGAGAAGGACUUCCUGGACCAGAGGAGCCGAGCCCCGAAAGUAUCGUCCCCACGGAGGUUGGCCACUCUACGCCUAGGGAGGAAAUGAGCAUCACUCCAACGACCUCGGCAAGGGAGGGUUUUGGCCGCGUUGUCAGGUCCUCUUCGGAGGAACAAACAAGUGACUUCGCCUUGAACUCAGCUGGCGAACUCUUCUCGAUGCACUCCGAAGCAGGCUCGUCCGAAGCACCUAGAGGUCCUCCACCACCUCGACCUGUGAACUACGAAGGCUCGGUUGAGUCCGCCCUUGCCGGUAACCUUCAUGGCAUCUGGCUUGAACCUGGUGAUGGUCGGGACGUGGAAACAGCUGCAAAUAGGACAGGGAUGGAUGAUGGAGCAAAUGGUACUGGAUGCUGUGCGAACCGCCUCUGCCUCGACAACCUCGACUACGAGUUCGACUUGCACUACGCCAUCCACGUGGACUACCACCUCGCUGCCUGCUUCGUGGUCGACGUCAAGUCUUGCGACGAGCCCGCCCUCUACUUGCUCUGCUAG